AUGUUUUCCAAUCUCUGUUUAUAUUCGCAGGUUUUGAAGCAUCUGGUGGACUUGCAGAAGUUCAACGAUCUUAAAGCUUUGGAUUUGAGUUUCACGCCGUCACUGAGUGAAAACACUAUGAUGAAUUUCCUGCAGACAUACGGACCGCAGCUUCGUGGUCUCAUGCUGCAAGGCAAACCCACUCUGGCUGAAUACUUCUGGACUACUGUGAUCACCUUCUUGAAUAAUAUAGAAAUAUGUGUUCUGGGAUCACCGGACGGUUGGUUUUUCAAGUACAACACUCGUGUUCACGUUGAUCAAGUUCUACAUGCUUUCGCUCUCAACUGUCCCAAUUUGACGGCUCUGGAAAUUCAAUGGGAUCCUGAAACUCUUCGAUUUAGUGACAAAAGUCGAAAAUUCAUUGAUAGGCUUAGAUUGAAAUGCUGGCGGCUUAAAUCACUAACUCUCUGUGAUGGUAAAUACUACGAAUUGGUGAAGGGCAACUUUGAGCGAGCAGAGAGACCACGAGUGGUACGGACUACCAACUCCUAUACCACCUCCAUUGUCUCACUUCUCAGCCGAUACAAGGAUUUGCAAUUCAAUUAA